AUUUUCUUUCCCACAGGUCAUCAGUUGCAACAAGAACAUAUGCACUCUCCAGAUCACGGACACAACCGGGUCCCAUCAGUUCCCGGCCAUGCAGCGGCUAUCGAUCACCAAGGGCCAUGCCUUCAUUUUGGUCUACUCGGUUUGCUCGAAGCAGAGCCUGGAGGAAAUCAAACCCAUCUGGAGUUUGAUAAGGGAACUCAAGGGCGAGGAAAUAUCCCAGAUACCGGUCAUGCUGGUGGGAAACAAGUGCGACGAGCCGGAAGAGAUGCGCGAGGUGACCAACAUCGAUGGACAAACCGAAGCUGCCACCUGGGGGAUCUCCUUCAUGGAGACUUCCGCCAAAGAGAACCUCAACGUCACUGAGCUGUUUCAGGAGCUGCUCAACAUGGAGAAAAAUCGCAACGUGUCGCUUCAGCUGGAUGGCAAGAACAAGAAGAAAAACAAAAAGAAAAUGAUGAAGGAGCAGGCGAAGGAGGAAAAACUACUCAAGGAAAAGAAGGAGAAGGCAAAACAGCAAGCCAAGGAAAAGGAAAAGACAGCCAAAGAGAAGGAAAAGGAGAAACCCAAAGCCGACAAGGCAAACGGAGCCAAGAAAGACGGAGCAGCAGCUGGCGGAGCAGCGGAAGGUGAAAGUAGUGGAACACUGAAAGAGAAAUGCAAAGUGAUGUAAUCGUAUUGAUAUGCGCACCAACUAAUAUAAUAAAAAAAAAUCUCAAUCGAGUUAAAUUUAAAGAAGAAAAAAAAACGUUAGAAACACACACAAACUACAAGCAAAUAAGAAUAAAUUAUUAUUAAUAAAAAAAAGUGAAAACAAAACUCGAAUAAAAUCGAAUCGAAAAGCAAGCAAGAACAACUGAAAAGAGAAAGAGACAUACACAUUAUCAGGUUUUAAAUCGAUUUUAGACGCUAAAAAACGACAACUUCAAUGAUUAAAAAAAGAACAAAGAAAGAUAAAAAAAAUGAUAUUAUACAACCAUAAUUAUAUUUAUAUACAUACUUAAAAAGGAAUAAAAGAAGAAAAAACCAAUAUUAUGUACAUAUGAUAGUGCUAAUUUAAAAUUAUAAACGCAACGUAGUAACAAGCAGACGCUUAAUCUUCAUGAUAUGCCAUACAAAAUUAUUACUAGCAGAAACAUAGCAAAUUAUUAUAUAUUUUGCUUCGAUAAUUCAAUAAAAUUUGAAUAAAUCGUUAAAUUAAAAGACAAAAA